UUACAGUUGAGCUCGAGCUGCUGCACACACCGGAGUGCAGUGAGUUUUUCAGACGGUUUAAAAAGAUAUACCAGCAUGGACGCGUUGGCGAGCGGAUUUCGAGCCACCGAGCGGGCUGGUGAGCGGGUCUAACCUUCCCUCGGCACUUUUUUUGCGUCAAACAAAGGGGGCAGACGGAGCAGUGUAAUUACGCACUGGCCACGAAGCAUGCCCGAGUUGGACUAGAGGCUUUUUUACCCCUCUGGAGCGCAGCACGCACGCGGAACGGCGCUGAGAGCCGGGAGGAAUAUUUACAAUAGAAACUCAGUCCCUUUAGCGAAGAAGAAUAGCAGAGGGGAGGAGGAGUGAAAGAUAACACUGGAAUGAAGUGGACCUCGGGAUUCCCAGCGUGCUGCGGAGUUGUGACUGAUGGAUGAAUGUGGUCAUCUGUAGGCUAUAUACAGCGACAGGUACAGACACCAUCAGGGGAGCUUUGACAAAGACGCGGCGCAGCGCUUCAUCGGCAGCCGCAUCGCCAGAUUGUGUCUCCAAAAACUGUACGACUGCUUAGAUCUGUUUCACCACGUAGCAGAUCGUAUCGUCGACUUGUCUCUGUAGAGUUAAAAAAAAAAGGUCGUGAAGGGCUGUUUUUUUGUCUCAGCCACAGGUCAACCAGGACACUCGGGGCUGUACUCCUUCCCCCAGAUCCUAUCGAGAACCGGGGGCUUCCUUGCACGUCCUGCGGACAGUUCAGUCAAGGACACGGGGGUCUGGAGCAUUUUUUAAGAAGUCGGACAGAGGGACAUGUAUCUGAUAUCGACCUCACAUGCUCCCGACUGAUCGUAGCUCACCUUCCCACCGGGCGAACCACAGAUAAAAAGCUGCCAGGCGCACUGUCCGACCGCUCUGAGUUAUCAGCUCACUGUCUGUACAUUUAUCAGAAUGGCGGGACUCGCUUGUUGGAAGUAUUACCUCUGGAUCUUUAUUCUAAUGUGUAGGUCUGCGUUACCUUCGGCAAAAUCGCUGGAGACUAUAAUUUGGAGCUCGCAGAAUCCCAAAUUUCUGGCUGGAAAAGGCCUGGUGAUCUACCCAGACAUCGGGGACAAGCUGGACAUCAUCUGUCCCAAAGCGGACCAAGGCAGAGACUAUGAGUACUACAAGCUGUACUUGGUGAAGAGGGAGCAGGCGGAGAGCUGCAGUACAGUCCUCGAUCCUAACGUCCUGGUCAACUGCAACAAACCAGAGAAGGACAUCAAGUUCACCAUCAAAUUCCAGGAGUUCAGCCCCAACUACAUGGGCCUGGAGUUCAAGAGGAACGUCAACUACUACAUCACCUCAACCUCCAACGGCACCAUCGAGGGCCUGGAGAACCGAGAGGGAGGCGUGUGCAAGAGCCGAGCCAUGAAAGUCAUCAUGAAAGUCGGGCAAGUUCCAAAUGCGAACCCAGGAGUGCCGGAGGAUCCAGAGGACAACGCCAUACCGGAGUCCAGUCCCAGUCCGCCUGACCGGGACCGCGAUCGGCCAGGACCUGAGAUCCCAGGAAACCCUGACACCAUGAAUCAGGACCAGGGUUCCUCGGCGAACUCGGACGGCAUCUUUGGCUCCAGAGUGGCCGUGAUCUGCGCCAUCGGGGCUGGCUGCAUCAUCUUCCUCCUGCUCAUCCUCCUCCUCGUCAUCCUGCUCAUCAAGAUGCGCAAGCGUGCCAGGAAAAACGCCCACUCGCAGCCCCGCCCCUCGGCGCUGUCGCUCAGCACGCUGUCCAAUCCCAAGCUGCCCGGGGGCACGGCUGGCACGGAGCCCAGUGACAUCAUCAUUCCGCUGCGGACAGAGAACAACUACUGCCCUCACUAUGAGAAGGUGAGCGGCGACUAUGGCCACCCCGUCUACAUUGUCCAGGAGAUGCCGCCGCAGAGCCCUGCCAACAUCUACUACAAAGUCUGACACGCUCCGCACAGCCAGCGACACAGCCAGGAGAGAGAAUGAGAGGAGCGCUUGAUUUAUGUUCUUGGGAAGAACACCUUCCUUUGCAUUCUGGGGACUUGAUGCUUCCUCAAGCCCCUGUUAUUUCUACCACCUGCUGCACAAAUCUGGAGAGACACACACUGACCAGUAACCAGCGGGGUUGUGAGCUGACUGAUGAGAGGUUUAUUCUGUUUGUUUGGGUUGUCUGACAAUCCCCAUCCCCCUUCCUAGUCCUCCUCCUCCUCCCCUCACCUCCCACCUUCCACGUGUCCCUGCUGCGCUUCGACAGGGGGGCGGGGCUGGAGCAAACCGACAGAUGGAACUCUAGCUUCCUGGUUUGCUGUCCCCUUUAAUGGGCAGGAUAUAACUUAUCUCAGUUCCCUGAAGUACAGUCUGUGCUACACCCAAUUAAACACACCAUCUUAGCACACUAGCCAGGAACAGGCAGACACAGGCCCUGAAUGCCACUCAGCCUGCAGUUUGUGUGCGAGCAUAAAACGUGUGCGUGUAUGAGUGUGUGUGUGUGUGUGCAUGUGUGUGUGUGCACGCGCGUGUGUGUUAGCCAGGGCUCCGUGCUGGGCCAGGAAACUCUCCAGAUAGCUCAGGUAUCAGACACAGUGUGUGAAAUAAUGUGUUCCUCUCCCUUCGCACCUCUGAUGUUUGCCUUACUUACUAUUUUUGAUGGAGGAUUUCCUCAAACCCUGAGUCAGUUCACAAAGCAGUUGUAUUUUGUUAGACUUUUCCUACAAGUGCACAAUGUAUAGAGUUGAAUAGAUCAUCAUUAUUACUCCAUCUUCUCACCACCCAUGUCAUCCAUUGCACAACCAUUGCGUUUUUCCCAAGAGAGUACCUUGACCUGGACUGUUGAUGUCGAGGUGUGCAUGUGUAUGUGUGUGUGUGUGUGUGUGUGUGUGUGUGUGUGCUUCCAGGGAUACUCCCUUCUCCGCUGGUCUGAUGCGAGCGUUACCAUUACUCUGGUAUUUAUGACCUACUUGUGUGUAUCUGAGGGUGUGUCCUCUGUGAAUGAGUAUGUGUGUGUGUACGUGUGUGGACAUGUCCGGACCAGUCUCAUAUCUGGGCAGACUUAUUGGCUUUGGGGUAGAACAGUAAGUUACUGUAUCAUAAGCUUCAAAAACACGACAGACAGACCGACGCGCCGACAGACAGACAUGCCCAAGAUCUUACAAAACCCUUCUAGUGCUCCAGCUGGCAUCAAUUGAAGGCUUUAUUGUGUCUGAUGAGCUUUCGGGGAGAUGGUUUUUAAGACAGCAGGCAGGUUGAUAUUUGUUUGUUCUAGCCUCUGGUGCUACAGCGUAGGCAUCAAAGAGUUAGUUUGGUGCCUGCUGCCUAGGCAAGGUGGGCGUAGGUUGGAUGGUGGGCACCGAUUGGCUGGCCUACAUAGGUAGGAUGCCCUAUAUAUAAGUUGGACAGCAAGCUGCGGCUCAACAUUGGGAUACAGUAUUGUCAGAUGCCAAUUGGCUGCCAUCUGUAGAUGAGUCAGUGGAGUGCGCAGUCAGUGGCGUCGCCAGCGUGUGACUAAUCUAUGUGCCAUCUCCGUGCCCACACUCACCAGCCGGGAGAGGGGAGAGAGAGGGAGCGAGAGCAGCAGAUAAAGGAGAGAAUGUUCCUGUGACUUGGCUUUAACCUGAGAGGAAGAUGGCGUUAGGGGGGGUGGGGGGUUGGGGUGGUGAUGGGUGGGGGUGGGGGUGGGGACUGGCGGAGGUAGUUUAGCAUUCAUUUUUCCAUCCUCUCACCAGUUGUGCUGUGAAUAAAAAUGCUGUGCAGAAUAUUCCACAGUCAAGGUGUUCAGCCAACGAGGACACUGCAGCUCAGCUAUCACACAGCCCAGGGCAGCGGCACCGAGACAGGAUUUACUGCAGCUGGAUGUGUGCACGUGUGCACACCGAAGCUCGCCUUUAGGUGGGGUAGGAUGGGGAGUGUUGGGGGUGUUUGAAUCUAUCAGUGUGCACAUGUAGGUGCUUCUACAUGUGCUCAUUUGUGCUUAUAUGUGCAGUUUUUCUCUGUGUGUUAUAUAUAUAUAUGUGCAUGUGUGUGUGUGUGGAUGCUUCUGUGGUCUAGCAGCUGAACAGACUUGUUUUGGGGACUGGAGCUAGGUGCUCCAAAACAGUGUGGCUGCCAAAGUACAGAGCGCCGCAGUCCCAGUUAAUGAAGUGUGAGAGGAGAGGAGAGGAGAUAAGAACAGCUAUUCCUCAGCAUGCAGACAUGAGCUGACGUUUGAUGGCACAUGUGCGCACACACACGCCCGCAUGCACAGACGCACACCGAAGCUGACGGGUCCAGGUUUAUCUCCAGUCAAACGGUCAGGCUGUCGGUGAAUGUUUAUUCACCAGCAGAGACACCCAUCAUCCGCUGCCACAAACUAUUGCCAUCCACGGAUAUACACUGCUGAGUUAAAAGGCAGCCCAGCUUGAAGACUCGGGGAAGACUCCAAUGGCUUUUUGCGUGUCGUUAACCUCAGAGUUAACAACCUAAGCAGCUGCUCGUGCUUUUUGUGGUCCUGUGUUUUAACUCAGCAUGCAGCCCUCAGCGGCCCUCUGUGAAACACAUCUAGAUCAAAUAUUUUUGUUUCGGAUCGGUGCGCAUCCGUUCACCUACACCAGCCAAGGGAGUCAUUACCAAAUUACCACAAACCAUAUCUCAUUUUCAUUCAUUCUUGCGACCACUUAAUGUUAUUCAAAAAAAUAAAAAAUAAAGCGGAGAUAACAGAGAAAUGUAAAUAUAUGGAUAGAGCCCAAUUUAAGAUGUAAUUUCACCUGAACACUGCUCAUAAUAAAAAUUUAAGAUUAGAUUUUUGUAAUGGAGGAUGUUUGUAAAUAGCUGUCUUUUUAAAGUGUGUUUUGUAUGAAUCCUUGCAUUUUUGUCUCUGUUUGCAAUAUGUUUUUAUUUUCUUUUCUUUUAGAGUUAAACUGAAUAUUGCAGCGGACACAUGAGCUGUCUUUUUUGCAGCGUCCAGUAUUGUCAAAAAAAAAGUCUUUGUUACCACAUGUGUUAAAAAAAGAAAAAAAAACUGGGGUUCAGAGUUUUUACAUCGCCAUUCAACAGGAUUCUAGUUGCUCAGAAACUGUUCAGGACUGAAGCUUUGUCACCGAGCGGCUUUGAAAUGGAUAGGUCAUUGAAACUAUGAAUGAUAAGGCCCCCUUCCCUGUUGGAGACAGCACUUAACUCUGCAUAUGAAGACUGUGUUAUUCCACUGCCUCUGAGUUACCUACACCUUCCGCUCCAUUAUAAGAUGUAACAAAAACAUUUUUGGUCCACAAAGAUGAGUCUUUUUUUCAGUUUUAAUAAGUCUGUCGGGCCAAGAUGGAGAGAGAUGUAGAGCAGAGAGAUAUAUAGAGAGAGAGAGGGAGGGGGAGGAAAAAAGAAAAAGGGGGCCACGUAUGAGAGAGUGUGACCGUUCUGCGCUCACCAAUAAAUCUUCUGGUUUACACCACUCAUUAUCUCCCAGGCGGUCCUUUGUUUUAAAGUUGCUCUCUCCUUCUCUUUCCCUCCCUCCACCCCUCUCCUUUGUCAUCUCUCUUUUUCCUAAUUUAGCACAAGGAUGUUGGUCGCUCAUGGUGUGAGUCUCACUGUAGGUUGAUUUCUGCUAUUGUUCAAAGCCACAGUAUUAUUUUUCAAUGUGCAUGUGUAAGCAAAACCUGUUGAAUUUUGUUUCCCUUUGUUUUAAUCAUUACUGUCAAGUUUUGUCCUUUUAUUUCUUUUAUUUUUUUUUCUGCCAUUCACUUUUUUGCCGCUUCUCAGCGUAACCUAUUGGCACCAGCUACAAUGGAAAUAACGUUCCACCAGUUUGGAAACAACCGCAUAUUGAUAAAUAAAAUUUUUCCCAUGGAACUUG